CGGCUUUUGCCGUGACGGUCCCUGUGUUCCAUCUUCGUGCGGCACUUGCUGCGCCCGAGCCCGCAAUGUCGGGCCCCAACGGGGACCUGAGCAUGCCGAUGGAGGCGAGUGCAGAAGGCGAGGAAGACAGCUUUGGAGAAGCAGAAUAUGCUGCCAUCAACUCUAUGUUGGACCAAAUCAACUCUUGUUUGGACCACCUGGAGGAAAAGAACGACCACCUCCACGCCCGUCUCCAGGAGCUGCUUGAGUCCAACCGGCAAACACGCCUCGAGUUCCAGCAGCAGCUUGGGGAGGCCUCCAGCGAUGCCACCCACUAG